CUCAGAUCUGCCGUCUGUUCUCUCCUCCUGUCGCGUGUCGCAGUAGCCCACCUUUCUCGCCAACUUCCAUUGAUCGUCCGCGCUCUCCACACUCACUUGAGGUACGCAACACGUCAGACUCUUUCGCACCUUCCUUCUCGUUCUGGUGCUCCUGUGGGCUAUGCACAGGUGUCUGCUGCAGCGACUAUCUGCCUCCUUUCUGUUUCCGCCGCACCCGUGGUCCAUCGUCAUGUCGAGCGAAAACAAGGAGGGGCAGCAGCAGGGCGGGCCGAGCGUCAUGGACCAGAUCAAGGGUGGGUGGGUGGGUGGGUGGGGAUGCACACACCAUGAGGGGGCAUUCUGGACGAUUUGUUGCCAUGUUCGUGUGCACGUGCGAUGGUGUGUGUGUGUGUCAGGCGGUGCGGCCUAUCUUGGCGACAAGGCCCAGCAGGCGCUUGACGCUGGCAAGCAGGCCGUCUUCGGCAGCGACGACACGAAGGACCCUCAGGGAGCCGACAAGGUACCAUCCGCGCAAGCCCUUCCGCCCACGCAAACACGCCUCCGCUAUGCAAGCGAUGUGAUGGCUUCCUCUGUGCAGGUGAAGGCCGACCUGGAGCGUAAGGAGCAAGAAGCCAAGGAUGCCUUGGAGAAGACGCGCCAGCAGGCCGACGAGCAGCUGCGCAAGAUGGGUGACGCCGCCAACGAGGCGAAGGACAACGUCAAGGACACCGCCAAGGGCGCGCUUGACCAGGCCAAGCAGAUGAUCGGCGGCGACAAGGAGGGCGCUGGGGAGAAGAAAUAGAUAGACUGACUGCAUGAGUCGCUUUCUGAGUGACUGAGCUGAGCUGCGUGUAUGUGUGUGGAGAGCUGACUCCGGUUGGCUGCUGCGUGUUGCGUGUUAGCUGUAGAUACUUCAUAUGCUUGUUUAUCGACAGUUUCUGAGGCCGCCAGUGGCCGUGAGGAUGGUGGGAGAGCUGGGUAGAUUGGUAACAGACUUUCUCGACUUUCUGAGGCGUGAAAGUGAUGUGUAUCCUGUGGACACCAUUCAACAUGGGAUGAACGAGAAGAAGCUUCUCCCUCUCCUAACUCUUUCC